AUGGAGCCGGCCAGCCUGCUGCGGUUCCUGCGGAAGCUCAAGGAGGUUUUCGAUGUGUGCGAUGAGGAUGCGGACGGGUUCAUCCGAGUGGAGCACUUCGUGGCCCUGGGGCUGCAGUUCGGCCAGGGGGAUGAGACCCCGCCCGGGCCGCCCGUCACCCGCCUGUCCUCACCGCGCUCCCCGUCCCUUCGGGAGCCCCAGGUGGAAAAACUGGCAAAGUACUUGGACCCGAAUGAUUUGGGAAGAAUCAAUUUUAAGGACUUCUGUCACGGAGUUUUUGCUAUCAAAGGCUGUGAAGAGUUACUAAAAGAUGUCCUGUCUCCUGAAAACUCAGAGCCCCAGCACUACCAGCCACAAUAUGAUGAUUACUAUUACCAGGGCGGUGAAAUCCAGGACUGCGCCUACUUGGACAGCGAAAGCACCUACAGCGAGUCAGAGCUGUUUCCUGAUGAGGAGGGGAUGACUCUGGCCCAGCAGGAGGUUCACCAUGAGUCUGACAUGGACAGUGCCAUCGAGAGCGCCCAGAGCUCCGAGGCCUCGGACGUGUGUCGGAGCGAGGACAAGGACGGCGGGCUCGGUGGCCUCUUCCUGCCCGGGGACAAGUCAAGUCCUCACAACCCUUCUGCAGCAUCUGACCUCUCCACUUAUUCCACCGCCUCCCUGAUCAGUAAUGAAGAACAGUUUGAAGACUAUGGGGAAGGAGAUGAUGUGGAUUUUACUCCCAGUAGCCCAUGUCCUGAUGAUGAGACCAGAACCAACGCCUACUCUGACCUUGGCUCAUCUGUAUCUUCCAGUGCUGGCCAAACCCCCCGAAAAAUGAGACAUGUUUAUAACAGCGAGUUACUGGAUGUUUACUGCUCACAGUGCUGCAAAAAGAUAAAUCUCCUCAACGAUUUGGAAGCCAGGCUGAAAAACUUGAAAGCAAACAGCCCUAACAGGAAAAUAUCAAGCACAGCGUUUGGAAGACAACUCUUCCACAACAGUAACUUCAGCAGCAGUAAUGGCAGCACAGAAGACUUGUUCAGAGACAGUAUAGACUCCUGUGAUAAUGAUAUCACUGAAAAGGUCACCUACCUAGAGAAGAAGGUGACAGAACUGGAGAACGAUAGCCUGACAAAUGGUGACCUGAAGAGCAAACUGAAACAAGAGAACACUCAGCUGGUUCACAGAGUUCAUGAACUAGAGGAAUUAUUGAAAGACCAAGAAACAUCAGCAGAACAGACUCUGGAAGAAGAGAUAAAGAGACACAGAGAAGCUUACAGCAAGUAUGAAAAAGAGAAAGGCACUGAAAUUGAACUGCUAAAUACAAGGGUUCAGCAACUGGAAGAAGAAAAUGGUGAUCUGAAAAGCACUGUCACACGGCUGAAAUCCCAAACAGAGAGAUUGGAUGAGGAGAGGCAGCGCAUGUCAGACAGGCUGGAGGACACGAGUCUGCGACUGAAGGAUGAGAUGGAUUUGUACAAGAGGAUGAUGGACAAGCUGCGGCAGAACAGGCUGGAAUUCAACAAGGAGAGGGAAGCCACACAGGAGCUCAUCGAAGACCUGCGGAAGGAGCUGGAGCACCUGCAGCUGUACAAGCUGGAAUGUGAGCGUCCUGGACGUGGCAGAAGCUCUUCCUCCAGCCUGAGUGAAUUCAAUGCCAAAACCAGAGAGGUGGAAAUGGAGCAUGAAAUAAAACGGCUGAAGCAGGAGAAUCAGAAACUUCGUGACCAAAAUGAUGAUCUGAAUGGACAGAUUCUAAGCCUCAGUCUUUAUGAAGCUAAAAACCUCUUUGCAACGCAAACAAAGGCCCAGUCACUGGCUGCUGAAAUCGAUUCUGCAUCGAGAGAUGAGCUCAUGGAAGCCCUCAAAGAACAGGAAGAGAUAAAUUACAGAUUGCGACAGUAUAUGGACAAGAUAAUUUUGGCAAUCCUGGACCACAAUCCAUCUAUCUUGGAAAUAAAGAAUUGAAGAGAAUAUGAGAAGGAAAAGCAGCAACUGCCUGAUAUUUCUGCACAUGCCACUGGAUCUAAGCAGCACUCUGAUACUGUAAAUGAAUCUAUAAAUGAUAUAAUACACACUAGGUGUGAGUGUGGGUGCGUGGGUGUGUUUAUAUGAUGUUUGGUACACUGUUAUUUGUCAUUGAAUUGGCUUGGUUAGACUUUCUCCAUGCACUUUCAAUAUCUGUGAUGAGAUGGAUACUGUAUAUUAAUGUAAUAACAAUAUAACUGGAUCAUGCUGUUUUAGAUACUGGACAAAAUGACUCUACCUCUAGUUGUAAAGGUAAAAAUAGACAAUGGAAACAUAUGGAUGUGGCCCUAACUUUAGGAGCAAGAAUUGUUUUCUUUGUUCUUCCAGGAAUUUGGGUACCACAAACCAAUUUACAUACCCAGGUUCAGUUCCUGACUGGUGCUGACUGUAGUUUCCUAUUUGAUUUAGUUUUAGUACUUAAACCACACAUCAGAUUAAAAAAAAAAACCAAAACAAAAAAAACAAACAAACAAAAAACCCCACAAAAACACAACAAAAACCCACAAAAUUUGGGAAAAUACACAAAGUAAAUGGGAAGGAAAGGAAGAUACUGCAGAAUUUUUGCUAUAUAUAAAAAAUCACUAUCCAUUUGUUUGCCACUGUCAGCACAAAGUGUUUUUCAUGUAAGAUCACUUUGGAACUUGCUUUCAGAUGCUCUGAGCCUGCUCUCUAGUGUGUGUGCAUGUGUGUUUUUUUAUGUCAGGGUCCCUGUAGCAUUGAGGCAAAGAUGUUUCAAAUCUGUUCCCCUAUUUUCAGGGGUAUAUUAUGGGCCAUUAAAAUGAAUUCUGGGAUUCUGCCCCUUUCCCUCACCCUGCUUUUAAAGAUUUCACUGAAGGAACACAUUCCAGUUCUUACCAAAAAAAAAGAAACAGAACAAGAAAAUAUUUGCAUGAAAUAUCUCACCUUAGGGGGAGGAGGAGGACCAGCCCUCCACAUGAUGUGCUGAGUUGCUUUCUCACCCCAGACAGCUGCACUCCUUUGAGAAUGGCAUUUUCUGGGCAGGCUGUGCAGAGGAACAGCUGCUUCCUGGCACAGCAGUGGAGGACAGUCUGGGACAGAGUGGCUUCUACCUAUAGGACAGGAAAAAGAAAAAGAGCUUCAUCUUGCAGGAGUUGCCAGGCCAGACUGAGUACACACGUGCAUAUCUAAAGCUCUGAGUAGGGAGUACAUCCCAGUUUAGAUGAGUAGUUCUGCAGGUGCUUGACUUUAGGUGCGUGCUGCAUCUGCUCAUGGACGUCAGUGGGACAGAACAUUAAGCUUUAAAGUUGAGUGUAUGCUUAAAUGCUGCCUUAAAUAGGGAUGACUUCAACAUGUGCCUGUGUUCUCCAGAGCUGGAUCUAUACUGUAGGGCUAGGACAUUUUUAAUUAAUAAUGUAGCUUAUAUAAGGAGCUUAUGGAAUUGUUUGGGUAGUUGAAUGCUAAAAACAAAUUUUAUUCCAUGCACUUUUUUUUUUAAAGUAAAAGUUUCACACGUUUGAUUCACACCAACUGGCACAGAAAAAAUUAGCCAGAGUAUUUGGCUUUCCCCAGUGCAUAGAGAUGUUUCCUCUAUUAAAUACACUCCCCAGGAGAAUGUUACAGUAGCAAUGACUGUGCUUUUCUGUGUAUUUCUUGCUGUUGGCAGUGUCUUGCCCCUAGUAUUCUCUUGAUGUAUCUUGGUGUGUAUAUGUGAUGCAUUUUUCCUGAAUUUGAAUACAUAAAACUGUAUUCAGUUCGGGAUGUAAAUAUAUAUAAUUUUUUUUCUGCAA